AUGGCUACAGACACCAAGUUCGAAGGAUGGCUCGGCAAGGACAAGGAGAGCGUCAAGGGAACGAUGGAGUGGGGUCAAUUCGAGCCCAAGAAGUGGACUGAGGAUGAUGUCGACAUUGAGAUCUCUCAUUGCGGUAUCUGUGGAUCAGACUUGCACAUGCUGAGCAGUGGCUGGGGACCAACACCAUACCCCUGCGUUGUCGGCCACGAGAUUAUCGGCAAGGCUGUAAAGGUCGGCAAGAACGUCAAGCACGUCAAAGAGGGCGAUCGUGUCGGUGUUGGCGCGCAAGCACGCUCAUGCCUUCAGCCCGACUGUCCCGACUGCUCAAAUGGCAUCGAGAACCACUGCCAUCGUGAGUCAAUAAACACAUACGGUUCCGUCUACCCACGCGACGAGGGUAAGAGCUACGGUGGAUACGCCACACACAACCGCACAAAUGGCCAUUUCGUCAUGAACAUUCCCGACGGCCUGGACAGUGCUGAUGCCGCGCCUAUGCUCUGUGGUGGAAUUACAGUCUACUCUCCCUUGAAGCGAUACGGCUGUGGCCCUGGCAAGACCGUCGGAAUCGUCGGUGUAGGUGGCCUGGGUCACUUUGGUGUCCUUUUCGCCAAAGCUCUCGGAGCAGACAAGGUCGUUGGUAUUAGCCGCAAGGCCGAGAAGCGCGACGAUGUCCUCAAGUUAGGCGCUGACCUCUACGUCUCAACCGACGAAGACAAGGACUGGCAAAAGCACAACGCACAAACACUCGACCUCAUCAUCUGCACAGUUUCCAGCGCUAAGAUGCCACUAGACGGAUAUCUUAGCCUGCUCAAGACCCACGGCACCUUCAUCCAGGUUGGUGCUCCUGACGGUGGCGAGCUUCCUCCUAUCAACGCCUUUACCCUCCUGAUGAGUGGACUCAAGGUUGGAGGCUCUGGAAUUGGUGCUCCCUGGGAGAUUAAGGAGAUGUUGGAGCUGGCGGCUGAGAAGAAGAUUAAGCCAUGGAUCCAGAAGAGGCCGAUGAAGGACGCUAACUCUGCGAUUGUGGAUAUGGAGGCUGGAAAGGCUAGGUACAGGUAUGUCCUCGAGAACUAG